AUGCCCCAUUUCUUCAUACCCACCAUUCCAGAAACCUAUAAAAAGCUUCGCUAUAAGGUCAAUUACUUCAUCGUCGAUACCCGCCUGAAAUGGUAUUCGACCUCGAGAAACCCUCGGCUUGUUCAGUCCAAGUUCCAAGGCCAGACCAUGAUCACCUUGAGAGUACAUCCUCAUGAUAAGUACCUUAUCAAGCCUGGCGAGUUCCUUUCGCUUGAGAAGAAGGACCCUGAUACUUUUAGUUUGAAUAGCUUUGUCGACAUGUACUGCCAGGAAAUGGUGGAUAACAUGUCGUUCCCAGAUUAUGAGGGAAGUGAGAAAGACGAAGAGGAAGACAGUCAGGAACAAGACCAAGACACUAAGGAGGCUCCUAAGAUAAAUUCGGUUGAUAUUAAUGAGCCGCCCAUAUCACCCAUUACAAGGGCGUCCAAUUUUAUACGGAGUUUCCUGAGAAGCGAACGCAAGGCUGUGAACAUGGAGAAAGAAGAGUCUCCAAAGGCCCCAGAAUCUCCUAAGACUCCUGAAUCACCAAUUACAAGAAAGAGAGAUUUCUACAGGCGUAUGCUUGGAAUUAGACGAUGGGAAGAGGAGCCCUUGGAAGAGCUGACGCUGAUUGGUAUGGAAGUUUCUGGAGACUUUUCCAGUCCUAGUCCUAAAGUAUGGCGCAGGGUGCUUAGUGAUAUCUCGCUUUCAGCAGCACAGAUAUCAACGGGAAGCGCUCCAAGUUCUAGGGGCGCCUAUGAGAAUUUGAGCAGUGACUUGACGGAGGGACGUCUUAGGGAGGUCAGAGCAGCUUAG